AUGCAAAAAUACGAAGGUCGACAAGUAGUCGACGUUCUCAAGGAUUUAUGCGCAUACAAUCCAACAGCCGCUAAGGACUUAGAUCGUUUACCACAUGAUUGUUACAUGAUAGAAGUAGGUGGUUUAACACAGAAGAAAGAUUUGGAAAAUUUAGAAAAUUUGAAGGAAAGUAUGACACAGUCAAAUGAGUCAUUAUACUCAGAUGAAGAUCAAGGCGAAUAUACAUUAAUGAACUCAGAAGAACUGGAAUUCAUAUUGGAGAAAAUGGAAUUAGCAGGAAGUACGCAACAAUUAGAAAAUGAAAGACAAAGUCAUUAUGUCUUCGAAGAUAAUUUCAACGCGUCGUUGCAGGACAUGAUUAAAUCAAAAGCCUCCUACGAACGGCUCAAAAAAGUCUGCUAUCGAUAUGAGAAUCGUGAGGGGGAAAACGUUGAUUCCAACAUGAUUAAUCACGAGAAACGUGUUCAGUCAUCGUACAAGCAUUUUCUGGACAAAAAUGUUCCAGUGGAUGAAGCAAAAGCUAUGGCUUUCGCACUCUCGUUUUAUACUGGUCCGAAAAGUGAAUCAUGCAGUCGUGCAGGUAGUCUUGUUGCUCGAAAAGGUAACUUUCAAACUUUUGAAAAACAAACAGAUGAUGAAUUAAACGAAGCAUCCAUCAUUCUAUAUUAUAUGGUCAAGGCACUAUCGUAUAUACCUUUCUACUGGGGCUAUGUUACCCGGGCUUGUCAACUUAAGUUCGAUGAAUUGACUAUGUAUCAACCGGGUCGAGUAGUUACUUGGAUUCAGUUUAGUAGCUCCAAAAAAGGAAAAAAAGGACAUGAUUCAGCAGCUUUCAAAGACCGGAAUACGCUCUUCAAAAUAUACUCACUCACAGGUCGUCCAAUCAAGAAGUUUUCAAAUUACGAAGAAGAAGAUGAAGUUCUAUUUCUGCCACAUUCUACAUUUAUUGUUUUUAAUCGUACAAUUUAUAAAAAGGAAGGAAAACAGGUGAUUUAUAUGCGACAAGUAGAAUUAGGUUUUUGUAAAUGGUCGGUAUUGUGGGUCGACGAUCGCAUAUUCGACGAACAGUGGGAGAAUAAAAAGCAUAUGGAAUAUGCAGCAGUUAGAGCACUCGAUGUCAACGUACACUUUAUCCCCAAAUCGUCUACUAAUAAUGCUUUGUCUUUUCUUCGCUCUCCAUUCGGACAACGUUUGAAGAACAAAGAUACAUUUAGAAUUGUUACUGAUAUGAAUCGCGAAAAUGAAUCCCCCACACAUAAUGCAGGCGCACGAUUGAUUAAAGCAGUACGAAAGUUGGGCUUCAAAAACCAAUGUUUGAUCUUUACUAGUGAUAAAGAGAAUGCAGAAGAUAUUCUGCACGCAGAAUUAUCUUCAAAGGAAUUACAAGGUGUUUUUGUAUCCGUUCAUACUAAAGACUUACGAAAUUUCGUAAAUUUUGAUCAAACACCAACACCUGCGCAACAAUCCAAUAUAGAAAAUCCAGCGAAACACAGUUCAUUUUCAAAUUCAAUAAAUUCGAAAAACAAUACAAGUGGCUAUGGAGCUAGUGCUAGUGCUCAAGCAAAUCAAAGUGCUCAUGGAUACAAACACGCUAAAAGUCAUGCAUACACAGACAAUGAAAUGAUGCACAAUUCGAGAAAUACAGAUAUCGAUAUAUUAUUGAAAAAUUGUCAAAUGAGAAAUUUGAUUAAUAGUCGGCAGAAUUGUGUUCUGAUUACAACCGGCUCUUUCAAUCCUGUUCAUCCUUUCCAUUUCCAAAAUCUGUUACGUGUCAAAGAAUACCUAGAACAUGAACAUCAGCCACCGAUGAACGUAGUCGCCGGAUAUAUAUCGCCAACACACGAUUCCUAUGUUCAUUCAAAACUAGGCGAUCCUGCAUGGAUUCCAGUAACAGAUCGAUGUCGUCUAUGUGAGGAAGCUGUCGAAUAUGAAGGUUCAAAAGUAUCGUCAUGGAUUGCUGUUUCCCGGGGUGAAAGUGAAUGGAAAGAUGGCUUUGUUGAUUUUGGUCCAGUUACAGAAAAUCUUCGUGAUUAUCUAAAUUCAACACUCGUUGAACAAGAAAACAUUUUGAAAUAUCCACUGCGUAUAAUUUAUGUGUGUGGAUUAGAUCACUACAAUAAAUGUUCAUAUGUAGAACGUAUGGCUCAACAAAAUAACAUGUCUUGUGCUAUUAUUUUUCGUCAAGGAUAUGAUGAGCAACAAAUUAAUCGUUCUCUUAAGACAGCAAAUGUUAUAUACAUUUCAUUAUCGAAGGAGCGUACUAGACUUCCUGAUGUAAGCUCAACACAAAUUCGUCAAUAUUUCGAAAAUCCAAACCCUAAAAAUAUGGAUAUUGAGAAAUAUAUGUAUCCUUCAGUACGUGAUUAUAUGAAAAGAAAAUAUAGAAAGAAGUAA